UGAAAAAUAUACAUAUUUUUUGUUUUAAUUUUAGUCUAUUAAAAAUGUGGAAACAGUUUAACUUUAUGUUGAUGGUUCUGAUUGGACUCCAUUUAGCAAAAGCAGACGAUUGUUUAGAAAAUGAACUAGAAUGUAGGAGAUCAGAACAAUGCUACCCAAAGGAGUACAGAUGUGAUGGGUAUGCAGACUGUAGUGAUGGCACUGAUGAAUGUGGCUGUGAAGAUUAUGUUUGUCCGGGUAACCGGCUGAAAUGCCCGGAUGAUGUUUGUGGAAUGGAAGAUGGAAAACUGUGUGAUGGUCGUCACGAUUGUCCAGGCAGCAAAGACGAAGAAGAUUGUGAAGCGUGUGUUGAUGAAGCUUUUCACUGUUCAAUAGAGAAAAAAUGUAUCCCUAGGAAAUGGCGUUGUGAUGGCAUUGAUGAUUGUGAUGGGGAAGAUGAGGAGGACUGUGCGGAUUUUGUUUGUCCAGAUAACCAACUGAAAUGUCCGGAUGGUCUUUGUGGACAGGAAGAUGGUAAAGUGUGUGAUGGUCAAAGAGAUUGUCCAUUACAAAACGAUGAAGAAGAUUGUGAUUCAUGUGUUGAUGGUGCUUUUCACUGUUCAAUAGAGAAAAAAUGUAUCCCUAGUGAAUGGCACUGUGAUGGAGUUGAUGAUUGUGAUGGUGAAGAUGAAAAGGACUGUACUGACUGUAACAAUUAUGAGAAUGGUGCAUUCCUGUGUACAGCAGAUAGUACAUGUAUUAGAUGGGACUGGGUAUGCGACUCUUAUCCCGACUGCAGUGAUGGUGAAGAGGACAUCGGAUGUCCAGAUGAUGGGUGUGAAAAUAAUGAAUUUAAAUGUAAUGAUCCAUAUCCAAGUUUUCCAAAAUGUGUUCCUGGGGAUAAAAUAAACGAUGGAACUAAUGAUUGUGGAGACUGCUCUGACGAGAAGUUUGCUGAAUCUUGUGUCCCUGGUGUCCCUGGGGGACCAUCACCACCGGUAAUAAAUCCACCAGCACCACAACAUCCAAGUAGAGGUUUACAAAAAGCCCGUGGACAAAUGAUGAAGAAAGAUGAGGGUACAAAACACACAGUAGCCCGAGAACAAAGGAGGAAAAAAGAUGAGGGUACAGUGCACACGAUAACCCGAGAACAAAGGAGGAAGAAAGAUGAGGGUACCGUGCACACAAUAAACCGAGAACAAAGGAGGAAAAAAGAUGAGGGUAGAGUGCACACAGUAGCCCGCAGCAAUAAAGAUAUUGAUGCACAUAGGAAAUUUCUGACACGAGGCAAAUCUAAUUUGAAGGACAACUUGAUAAAUUAUCUAUUACACAGAAAGACUGAUGACAGAUUAGCUAACAGAAUACUUAGUCGUAGAGAAAAGGAUAAAAGAAAACCAAAAGCGAAGAAGCCAACAUAACUUUUUUCUGCUCAUUUAUCUUAUUGCUUCACACACUGCUCCAAUUUUAUUUUUUUUCUAUAUUUUAUUAUAACAUUAUUCCAAAGAUAACGUCGAUUGUAUAUAUUUUAUUUAGAAUAACAUGUCGUUAGAAAACCCGCUUCUUCAACUAUGAAGACUGAAAAUGAUACAUGCAUAUAUGUUCUACAAUACAGAUAAAUUCAUAUUCACAAGUGUUUAAAAAAGUUUUAUUUUAACAAAUGGUCUCCUAGUUUUCAUGUGUUGUCAUAUAUUGGAACAACUCUACUCUGUGACUGAUUUGGUGUCCUAUUUAUUCUACAGCUCUUGAUUAAGAAUUCAUUACUUGCUGUCAUGUAUCACUUGUAUUAUCCUUACGCAAUAAAUUACAUUUAGCAAAUAG